UUUAAAAUGAUUAACGGGCUUUGAAAUGGGCCAAAAGAAGUGGCAACCAAGCAAAGAGAUUAGAGCAAAAAGGCCCAGAAGGGAAGGGGUUUGAGAGAUAAACCCUAAAUCGAAGACUGUUCUCGGUGAUCUGAUCUGAUCUGGUAAUCGAUGGCGAGUCGGCUCAAGGAGAUAGUGAAGAAGUACGGGAAAGUAGCGCUGGGGGUCCAUUUCUCCGUCUCCGGCGUCUCCAUCAGCGGAUUCUACAUCGCCAUCAAGAACAACGUCGAUGUGGAGUCCCUCCUCGACAAGUACCAAAUCCCUUGGUUCUCCUCCGAUGAGAAAGCUUCUGCGGAGGAGAAGAGCCGGCAGCUGGCCAAAUCAGCAGGCGGAGCCCUAGCUUUGGCGGUUCUGUGCAAUAAGGCGCUGUUUCCGAUAAGGGUGCCGAUCACGAUGGCGUUGACUCCCCCGAUCGCUAGAUUCCUCCGGCAGAGAAAGAUCGUCGGAUGAAUUGCUCUCCGCAAACAUUUCAUCAUCUGUUCUUUUUUUGUUUUGUUCUGUUCUGUGUGUGUUGGAUGAGAAAUUUCAGAGAUAUAUUGUGAUGCUUAUUGUAUCGAGUGAAUCCCAAAAUAGUUUAUGAAAUUAGCAUUUUCCCAAUAAACAUAACAAUAUUGAAAUCAAAAAUAGCUUUUUUUUUUCUU